GGGGGAGGGGAGGGCGUCUUAAGACCCCCUCCUCAGGCUGGCAGUCACAGACGCUGCAAGCUCUUGGGACCGAUGGCUCUGACCUCUUGUCCUUGUUCCCCUUGGUGUUGAGACAUGACCCCAACACGUGCUCUCUAGAGCUCCCUUAAUUCCCGAAUCAUCUCCCCACCUCGGGCACAGCUAGAACCUUCCUUCUUCCACCAGUGGGGCCCAAGAAAUGCCGCUGAACCAGCUGGAGCAAGCCUGAGCCCUGUCCCUGAUGGCUGACAACUAUCUGAUCUUGAAGUCUGGAUUUGGGGCCAUGGAGGGACCGACGGCCGGCAGCCCAGGCCUCGCGGAGAAGCCGGUCCCCGCAGCCGCCAGCCCCUCUCUGUCCUCGCUGGGCGCUGUCUUCAUCCUCCUGAAAUCCGCGCUGGGGGCCGGCCUGCUCAACUUCCCCUGGGCCUUCCACAAGGCGGGUGGGGUGACCCCCGCCUUCCUGGUGGAGCUGGUCUCCUUGGUCUUUCUCAUCAGCGGGCUGGUCAUCCUGGGCUAUGCUGCCUCUGUCAGCGGCCAGACGACCUACCAGGGUGUGGUUGGAGGGCUGUGUGGCCCGGCCCUGGGGAAGCUGUGUGAGGCCUGCUUCAUCGUCAACCUGCUCAUGAUCUCUGUGGCCUUCCUCAGGGUGAUUGGGGACCAGCUGGAGAAACUGUGUGGCUUCCUGCUGCCCAGCACCCCCCCGGCCCCGCAGCCGUGGUGCGUGGACCAGCGCCUCACCCUGCCCCCGCUCUCUGCGCUGGUCAUCCUGCCCCUGUCUGUCCCGCGCGAGAUCGGGUUCCAGAAGUACACCAGCGUCCUAGGCACCCUGGCCGCCUGCUACCUGGCCCUGGUCAUCGUGGUGCAGUACUAUACCGGGCCCCAAGGCCUUGCUCGUGAGCCCCGCCCCACACAGAGCCCCUCCUCCUGGACCUCCGUGUUCAGCGUCUUCCCUACGAUCUGCUUCGGUUUCCAGUGUCACGAAGCCGGGGUGUCCAUUUACUGCAGCAUGACCCAUCGGAGCCUCUCCCAUUGGGCCCUGGUCUCCGUGCUGUCCCUGCUGGCCUGCUGCCUCGUCUACUCGCUGACAGGGGUUUACGGCUUCCUGACCUUCGGGGCAGAAGUUUCUGCGGACAUCUUGAUGUCUUACCCGGGCGACGACGUGGUCAUCAUCGUGGCCCGGGCCCUCUUCGGAGUGUCCAUCGUGACCGUCUACCCCAUUGCGCUCUUCCUGGGGAGGUCGGUGAUGCAGGAUUUCUGGAGGAGGAGCUGGUGCCUGGCGUGUGGGCCCGGGGCCCUGGCGGAGCCCUCGGGGCCGUGGGUCCGGGUGCCACUGACCGUCCUGUGGGUCGCCGUGACGCUGGCCAUGGCCCUGCUCCUGCCCGACCUCAGUGAGAUCAUCAGCAUCAUCGGCGGGAUCAGCUCCUUCUUUAUCUUCAUUUUCCCGGGUCUGUGCCUCAUCUGUGCCGUUAACGUCCAGCCUGUAGCUGCACGCGUCAGGUGCUGUUUGGAGGCGUGGGGAGUGGUCUCCGUGCUCGUGGGCACCUUCAUCUUCGGGCAGAGCACGGUGGCAGCCGCCUUGGAACUCCUCUGAGCGGGAGGGGGUCGGCCCGGCCCCAUGGCUGCCCUGGUGCAGCUGCCUGCGUCCGGCUGUGCGACCCAUGUCCUUGCCUCAUAAAGAUGCUGAAGAAAUGGA